AUGUUUUUCUUGUUUCUAGGACAUGUUUUCUCAAGAACUUUGUUCUAUUUGGACAAGAGCAAAGAAGUGGAAAGUGCUCUAAGAUUGAAUGGGCAGACUGUAGUUCUGAUGCAGGCUGAUCUGUUCCACAAGGAAUCGGCCAGCUAUCCAUGGAAGGAGGCAAAGGGAACAAGUCCCGGCAUCGGGCUUAGCAUAUACAAGUCUGACGGGGAUUACAAGAACGCAGAUCCUGACCCAAAGAAGUUGACCUUUAAGGAUGUGAAGCGCGAUAUGUCCACUACAUUCUUCUAUACAACACCAGAAACAGGAUAUUACACUAUGGUUUUUUCUUUGGACAAAGACGUCCAAGGAGAACAGGCCCUUGGGCUUGCCAUUUACGAAGGGCGCCCAUGGAUCCCGGAGAUUGUUUCAGGGACAGAUUAUCAAAUGGAAUGGCUGAUAAGGAAGAUGAGCGAUUUGCUGUAUGCCUCAAAGAACAACUUUGACCUGCAAAAUUUGGACGAUUGGGACGAGGUAGAGUAUAUGAUUCUAUACAAUAGCAUAUUCAAGCUUAUCAACGGGGUAGUUCUGCUCAAGAUAGGCACAGUAUUUGUUACCUUAUUGUACAUCAACAAAAAAACAAAGGAAUUCUAUGUGUCUAAGAAGAUAAUAAAGAAGUAA